AUGGGCGAAGCAACCACAGCUUCUGAGGUGUUGGACACCUUUUCGCGAGGGACCAAAAACCCAGUUCCAAACUCACCCGCAUAUACUCCGCAAAGAGUUCUAAAGAUUGUGACUGUUGGAGCUGGAUUUUCUGGUCUCAUAUUCGCACAUAAGCUGCAACACGAGCGGCCAGAGUUCCAGCAAUUGACUUCACAUAAGAUCUUUGAAUCUAGAGGUGAUGUUGGUGGAACUUGGCUCGUGAAUAAGUAUCCUGGGGUCCAAUGUGAUGUGCCUGCACAUGUAUAUGCAUUUCCAUUCGACCCCAAACCUGAUUGGGACCACUUCUACGCUACGGGGCAGGAGAUACACAGUUAUAUCAAAGCCACGGUCAAAAAAUGGAAUCUUGAUCGGGACGUACACUUGAAUCACAAAGUACUGGAAGCUCUGUGGCAAGAAGACGUCGCACAAUGGAAAAUUACAGUUGAGAAUGGGGAGGGUGCCUUCGUCGAAUAUGCCGACUUCCUAAUAUCAGGACAAGGAGUCUUGAACAAGUGGCAUUGGCCUAAUGUGCAAGGAUUAGAAAAGUUCAAAGGUCAUAAAUGCCACUCAGCAGAAUGGGAUGAAAAUUACGACUACUCCCAUAAAACAAUAGCUGUGAUAGGGAACGGAUCCUCCGGGGUUCAGAUAGUUCCCAAACUGGCAAAUCUGCCUGGAGCGAAGGUGAUCAGCUUUCAAAGAAGCCCUAAUUAUGUCUACUCAAGAUCUGCUCCGGCAAAACUACUUGACCGUGACGACCUCGCUCAAAAUCCAGCAUAUACCGAGCAGGAGAAACAAAGGUUUCGUGAAGACAAGACUUUUCACCGAGAAUACCGCCAAAAGAUUAUCCAUAGCAUCAAUUCGAUGUUCAAAAUGUUUGUGAAGGGAUCAGAGGAAAAUAUCAAAGAAUCGGAGCUGGCACGUCUACAAAUGGCCGAGAAACUGCAUCACGACCCUGAGUUGUGCGAUAGAAUGAUACCGAACUGGGGAUUAGGCUGUCGGCGCAUCACCCCAGCGGAAGGGUAUCUUGAAUCCUUCUCGAAAGACAAUGUCCAAUUGGUCUUUGACACAGUGUCGGGGGCAACCGAAAACUCUGUGGUGACGGCAAGUGGCAAGUCUUACGAGGUCGAUGUUAUUGCUUGUGCCACUGGAUUUGAUGUUUCUUGGAGACCACAGUGGCGCAUGAUUGGAAGAGAUCAGGUAGACCUGAACGUGGAGUGGGCGGUCGACCCAAAGUCAUAUAUCUCGCUGGGCGCAGCGAACAUGCCGAAUCAUUUCAUCUUUCUCGGUCCGAACGCUGUUGUCACCCAUGGGUCGCUCAUCGAAUCUAUCAACUGGACGGCUGAUUAUAUUUUGAAAUGGCUUUAUAAAGUGACGACUGAGGACAUCAAGUCUAUCACGCCCAAGUCGGAUGUGAUCAAUGAGCUUAUCGAAAAAGGCAAUAAAAUUCAUGAUACCCUGGUAUGGACUGAUAGCUGCUCUAGCUGGUUCAAACGGAAUACCCCUGGUGGCCGGGUGACAGCCGGAUUCGGCGGCAGCGCGCUGCUGUUUCGCAAAUUGGUUCAAGAGAUCCGACCUGAAGAUUUUGACAUCCAAUAUCAAAGCACCAACCGGUGGUCCUUCUUGGGUAACGGCUUUACGGAUCAUGAACUAGAUCCGAAGAAUGACUUGGCUUUUUACUUGAAACAUUGA